UUAUGAAAAAGUAAAGCAAAAAUUCUUCUAUUUUGUUGUUUAUUCAGAAGAUUCCAGUGGCAGAUAAUUCUCAGUGAUUAGUGACAGAUAUUUAAGAGAUGGACUGUUUUGGUAGUUGUUAAAGGUGAAAAGAUAAACAAUUCAAGAUACAAAAUCGUGCCUAGAAAUUUUAUAAGUAGGAAGGAAAAAAAACUCUUUUGGUUGAUCACGAAGCAGAUAACGAAGAAAUCAUGACAACAUCAGCGAAAAUUCUCGCGCUUUGCAUAUUCAUAAGUUGUGGCAUUAAUCUUGCAACGGCAGCUUCAUCACAACCGAUUUCCGAAUGUGCCGCUAAGGGUGGCGAAUGUGAUGAGUCAAAAAACCGGCUUGUUUGCGGAACAGAUGGAAAGACUUACGCUUCACGUUGUCAUUUGAUUCGAGCACAAUGUAAUGGCUAUCGAGUGAGUUUAAAACAUCGGGGAACGUGCAAAGACGCGUGCUUUUCGUCACGAUCCUAUGCCCUUACACAACGUCCGAAGAUCAAAUUCGUUCCGAAAUGUCGCGAGGAUGGAUCCUACGCCCCAAUUCAAUGUUUAGAGAACAAUGGAUGUUGGUGUGUCAACGGUCAAGGAAAGCCAAUUCCAAAGACUCAUACAAAACAUGGCCGACCUAAUUGUGCUGGCAAAGGCAGUCAUAAGAGAUCGUCACCAAAUAGCAACAGCAUGCCGAGAAGAAAAUGUUCACCUCAUGAUCGCGUUUCUUUCAACACUGCACUCACAAGUAUUUUCCACUCUGAAUAUUCAAAAUCGAGAUCAGCACAUGGCAACAUCGGCGAUCAUCAAGUGGUUGAGUGGAAGUUUAAAUUGCUUGAUUUGAACAGAAAUAAUAUUUUGGAGAAACACGAGUAUCAGGGACUUCGAAAGAUAGCAAAAACAGUAAGAAUCUCAUCAAAUAUUUAUCUCUCUUUAAAUCAUUUAAUUACAACUUUUAACCAGGUCGUUAAGCCGAAGCGAUGUGGCCGAAGAUUUGGAAAAUAUUGCGACACCAAUAAAGAUUUAAAUAUAAGUCGGGAAGAGUUCCAUCAAUGUCUCAGCAAAGAUAUUCAAAGACAUAUGUCAGCUCGCGGUGGUGGUGGUAUGUUGAACGGUCUCAAUUCCGACGAUUUCGAUGACGACGAUUAUAUUGAUGAAGACUCCGACGAACUUAUGGCAAUAAGAAACACGGGAAAUAGAUUAGGUUUGCAACCAAUUCGUACGACUGAUGAUUCACAAUAUCAAUCAGUGUUUUGGCUUCGUGAUAAAACGUCGCUAAACUUGCAAAAUGAAUCGAAUGGAAGUUCAAGAGAUCAUGACGAAGAAGCAAUUGAUUGCCUUAAGGAUCGUAAAAAUGCACUUGAAGAUAAAAGUCCAAUUCCUGGUAGCAGCACAAAAGAUGAACAACCAAAAUGCGAUUCUUAUGUUCCAGUUCGAACCAUGCAAGGUUGCCCACAGAAAAAUGAAUUUCUCAAAGAUCUCAAAGAAUUCCUCAAAUCUCAAAUAACUUCCAGCACAAAUAUUGGUGCUGACAACACAAAAUGGGGAACAGAUGAUGAGAAAAUUGCAACACUUAGUUUCGUUUUAUUGGAUAAAAACAAGAAUAAAGUUUGGGAAAGACGAGAAUGGAAAACUUUUAGAGAACUUGUGUCAGCGACAAAAAAACUUCGUCGAUGUGGAAAGAAAAUGCCUCGAUAUUGCGAUGUUAACAACGACAAGAAAAUAACUUUGUCAGAGUGGCUUAAUUGUUUGCAAACACAGCGUGUUCAAAACGAUCAAACAAGGCCGUCAUCACAUGUGGAAUUAAAGCAGCCGACACAAACGAAACUUAAAGGUAUCAACCCUCUCGAGUCCAUCCUUAAAGCUGAUUAAUUAAGUAAUGAGAUUUAAAUGUGUCGAUGUAAACGUUAGACAUUUAAGAUUUUUUAUUUGUAAAAGCUUCUUUAAUUAUAUUUUUUUUAUUAAGUGUGCCAUUAAAAUGAAGCGACAAAAACUUGAUCCAGUGAUAACAAAAAAAAUGGUUUCCAUGUGAACUUUUCAUUUGCAACCAUCCGAUAAAUUUUUGUUGAGAUUUUUAUCAUGCAGUAUUAAGAAACAUUAAUUUCUUUUAAACAUGGAAGCACACUUCCCACUUCUUUAGUUGUUUACAAAAAUAUAUACAAAACGGGCGGGAAUUGCGUGUGAUAAUGAAUGUGAAAAAUAAAGCCCGUAAGAGUAGUUGAGUGUAACAUUAAUUUUCAUUUUAAUUAACAUUGACUUUAAGUGGAUGUAAAAGCUUCAGAUAAUUUCUUUCUCAACUUAAUUGAACUUUAAUUGUUUAGAAAUGUAAGUUUAAGGUAGUAAGAAGUUCUUUUGAAAGAUUAACAUUUCGAGAAAGUUCUUCGAUAUAAUGGAGAAUUAAGUUUUAUGUUUACAAGUUGUAAGUGAAAAAAAUAUUUUAAAAGCUUUGAAAGCUCGUGCUGAGCUUUUAUAUCGAUUUUCAUUUUAUUUUCCUCUGAUUUUGAUGUUUUGUCAAAUUAACUUCGCAAAUAUGAUUGAGAUGAAUAAAGAAAAGAUUUUUUUUUUCCAUUAA